AUGUGGAUAAAAAAGGUAUUGUUCACACAAGACGAAGACUGCGGUUAUCAACCACCUGUUUCAGAGCAUGUCGAUGCUAAUGAUGAAAACAUUGAUGACUUGGAGAAAAAAACGAUUCAAACAGAUAUUACUAUAGACACUGGAAAAAACACCGAAAAUACUGAAGACCAAGAGGUCCAACAUAAUGACAAGCUUGUUGAUAGUAACGGGGAAGAUGAGGCAGAAGAAGUUUGUAAUAGAGAAGUUGCAAAUACAAAUACUCAAUAUGAUGUGGUUCCUGCUGUACUAAAGUUUCAUGAUGUUGGUUACGUAGAAUUUGACGAAAUGACAAAGCUUCCGCGAGCAUCACAAAUUCUUCGCAAUGAAAUAAUUACUCUCGGAUCCUUAAGUUUUCAGCAUACAGACAAUCUAUCCUCAGUAUACGGAGAACGUUUGAUUACAUCGGCAUCGUUUAAACGUCAACUGGUGAAUGGAGAGGAAGUAAAUCGGUCAUGGCUGUUAUAUUCACCAAUCAAUAAAGCUGCCUACUGUUUCUGUUGUCUAUUAUUUACAUCAUGGACUUCAAAUUCGCGAGCUGCAAUUGGGUUAAGCAACGGUUUCAACAAGUGGAGAAAGCCAGAAAAACUAAAAUGUCUUGAAAACAAUCCUAGUCAUCGCAUGGCUUUUACUAAAUGGAAGGAAGCUGAACGACGGCUAGUUGGUGGUACAGGAAUUGAAGCAGUCGUUCAAGCGCAGAUUCAUUUAGAAAAACAACGCUGGCGGGGUGUAUUACAAAGAAUACUUAGCUGUAUUAAAUUUCUGGUUUCACAAAAUUUGGCACUACGUGGUCAUGAGGAAAGCUUGAAUGCCCAAAAUAAUAAAAAUAUUGGAAACUUUCUCGCGCUGAUCAAACUCGUUGCUUAG